AUGAUGUCGCUUUUUGUUACUAUGAAGAUCAUAAUUGUAACAUUGUCAAUAAUUUUAGUGAUCAUCAACCUAAAUUUUGUUAGCGCAACUUACAACUAUUAUGAUGUAGUAACCCUUGGAGCAAAAGCCAAUUCAAAUUCGGACUCUUCUAAGGCGUUGGAGGCGGCUUGGAAUAUAGCUUGUAAUUCAUCGGGCGAGUCGACAAUUCAUAUUCCGGAAGGAGAAUUCUUUGUUAGAAAAUCCCUCAAGUUUUCUGGAAAGGGAUGUCAAAGUAGUAAGAUUAAUUUUGUUAUCAACGGAACCCUUAAAGCCCCUAGUGAUUUUCGGGUGCUUCAAAACUCAAAAACAUGGGUGUUAUUUGAGCAUGUCGAUGGUGUUACUCUUUCUGGUGGAGUGUUUGACGCUGCAGGAGCUGAGUUAUGGAAUUGUAAACGAUCUGGAAAAGGAGCAUGUCCUCGUGGUGUGGAAAGUUUAGGUUUUCUAAAUUCCCAAAACAUUGAAAUAAAUGGUAUAUCCUCAUUAGAUAGUCAAUUGUACCAUAUUGUUAUUGAUGGUUGUCGAAACGUGAAAGUGCACGGAAUUACGAUUUCCGCCUCGGGUCAUAGCCCUAACACCGAUGGUAUUCAUGUACAAUCGUCAAUUGAUGUUACAAUAUCGAGUUCGAACAUUGCUACGGGAGAUGAUUGUAUCUCAAUUGGCCCGGGAACUAAAAAUUUAUGGAUUCAGGGUAUUACAUGUGGUCCCGGUCAUGGCAUAAGUAUUGGGAGUUUAGGAAAAACUUUUCACGAGGCAAAAGUGCACAAUGUCACUGUACAAACGUCGACCUUCACUAAUACGGAAAAUGGAGUGAGAAUUAAGUCAUGGGGGAGACCAAGUGAUGGAUUAGUUAGUAAUGUUGUCUUUCAACAUCUUACGAUGGAGAAUGCUCGAAAUCCAAUUAUUAUUGACCAAAAAUAUUGCCCCAAUCAUAAGAAUUGUCCUGGAGAGGUUUCUGGGGUAAGAAUAAAUGACGUGACAUAUGAUGAUAUUCAUGGAUCAUCAGCAACAUCAAUUGCUGUGAAAUUUGAUUGUAGCCCAAAACAUCGUUGUUCGGGCAUAAAGUUGAAGAAUAUAAAUUUGACUUAUAAGAACAAGCUAGCUUCUUCAUUCUGCAGUAAUUGUGAGGGGUCAACUCUUGGGGAUGUUCAACCUAAAAGUUGUUUAGAGUGAUUUUUAUCUACAAUUUAGAAUACAAAAUUAAAAAUCUUAAUUUUUUUUAUCAAGUAUAUAUAA